AUAACUAUUCUGCUGUCAGCCACUUCCAUCCAUCGGAACCUUUCAAAUCUUGAUCUCUGGACGGGCUGAGAUCCUCCCUGGAGAAAGCCCCCGCAUUCACCGUCCGUCAAUUGCUGCCCAUCGUUGUCAGUGAUUGCACCCGCGCUUCGUGCGACACCUCCCCGGCAACUUGUCCGCCAUUCGGCGCCCACGCUUCCUUUCAACUGCUACAUAUAGCUAUGUGAAGCUUAAAAAGGCCCGCUUCCCCGCUGUCGAACCUGCAAUCUUCUCAUCACCGCAAAAUCCAUCGCAACGAGCGUCGUCCGUCCAUACCCGUUUGUCUCCAGCCCUGCGCGGCGAUUUGCGGGGAACCUCACUUGCCGCGUCACUCCACCACCACCACCACACCGCAACAACGAUGGACUCUCAUCCCCAGGACAGGACUUACUCCUUGUCCCUUCGCGACCCGGAAGCUUUCUGGGGCCAUCACGCAGCACACCUCCAUUGGCACAAACCCCCAUCCGCAAGUCUUCGCCGAACAACAAAGCAUCUGCCCAGCGGCACAAGCCACGAGCACUGGUCCUGGUUCCCCGACGGCGAGAUAUCCACGGCGUACAAUUGCGUCGACAGACACGUCCGUAACGGCAACGGAGACAAUGUAGCCAUCAUCUGGGAAUCGCCCGUCACUGGGUUGAAGCAGAAAAUCACGUAUAAGCAACUUCUUGAAGAAGUAGAAGUGCUGGCUGGCGCUUUGAGGGAGGAGGGUGUGAAGAAGGGUGAUGUGGUCCUGAUAUACAUGCCCAUGAUCCCUGCAGCGUUGUACGCUUGCCUUGCUAUUGCAAGACUGGGCGCGGUACACGCCGCUGUCUUUGGCGGAUUUGCCGCGGCUUCACUGGCGCAGCGAAUCGAGGCGGCCAAGCCACGUGCCAUCAUGACUGCAUCGUGCGGUGUUGAAGGCAGCAAAGGUGUGGUUGAUUAUAAGCCGCUGGUCGAAGGCGCCAUCGCGAAAAGUUCAUUUAAGCCGAGUAAGGUCAUAGUUUGGCAGCGGGACCAGCUACGAUGGGCCCCGAUGCAGAAGCUGGAGGGCCAGCGAAACUGGCAAAGAAUCGUGAAAAGCGCCAGAAAUAGAGGAAUCAGAGCAGAGGCAGUGCCGGUUAAGAGCAAUGACAGUCUGUAUGUCAUUUAUACCAGCGGAACAACUGGUCUACCAAAGGGAGUAGUCCGAGAGGCUGGAGGACAUGCUGUUGGCCUUAACCUUUCAAUCAAAUAUUUAUUUGACAUCAAAGGUCCAGGCGACGUUAUCUUUUGUUCCUCAGAUAUCGGCUGGGUUGUCGGCCAUUCAUAUAUUCUCUAUGGACCACUUCUAGCAGGAGCAACAACAAUCCUUUAUGAAGGCAAACCCAUAGGCACGCCGGAUUCCGGUAUCUUCUGGAGACUAGUGGAGGAACACAAAGUCAAUAUUCUCUUCACAGCCCCAACUGCUCUCCGCGCAAUUCGCAAAGAUGAUCCUGAUUCACGCUUGUUUGAGGAAGUGGGCAAGCGUGAAGGUUUGAGACACCUAAGAGGAAUAUUUUUGGCUGGUGAAAGAAGUGAGCCAAGCAUUGUACGCGCUUAUCAGAACUUGCUAGAUAAGCAUGGUGCACCUGGUUCAAUGGUGAUUGAUAACUGGUGGACAUCUGAAUCUGGCUCGCCGAUGUCUGGCCUGGCGUUGAGAAGCCCAAUUGGCUUAGACCAUAGCAGCGGAGACUCGCAUAAGCCAUUUCCGGUCAAACCAGGCUCGGCUGGGAAACCUAUGCCAGGGUUUGAUGUCCGUGUUGUUGAUGAUGAAGGAAAUGAAGUGUCAAGAGGAACAAUGGGUAACAUUGUUCUUGCUCUUCCGCUUUCACCAACAGGAUUCACUACCCUCUAUAAUGAUGAUGAGCGAUUCUUUAAGGGGUACCUGAAACGAUUUGAUGGCAAGUGGCUAGACACCGGCGAUGCAGGAAUGAUAGAUGAGUCUGGCUAUAUUCAUGUCAUGUCGCGAUCUGAUGACAUUAUCAAUGUUGCUGCCCAUCGCUUCAGCACAGGUGCAAUCGAACAAGCCAUUCUCUCUCAUCCCGCCAUCGCCGAAGCAUGCGUCGUCGGCAUCCCCGAUUCCAUCAAAGGGCAUAUGCCUUUCGCUUUUAUCCACCUACGCGAUGCGCCGUCGGCGCCGCUUCCCGCAGUUCCAUCGCAAGAGUUUUCCACCUCUGUGAAUGCUCUUGUGCGUGAGCAGAUCGGUGCCAUUGCCUCUCUCGGCGGGAUCAUCCAGGGCCAAGGCAUGAUUCCCAAGACACGAAGUGGGAAAACCCUUCGUCGAGUAUUGCGAGAGUUGAUCGAGAACGCGUCUGUGGGCAAGUUCGACGAUAAAGUCAACGUGCCACCGACGGUGGAGGAUGCAGAGAUCGUGGAAGUUGCGAGAGAGAAGAUUAGGGAGUACUUUGCCGACAAAGAGAAAAUGCAGACCAGAAGUAGGCUGUGAAUGGUUUGUGAGUUUAGUUUAUAUCUCCAAAUUGACUUUUUCCUUUCCUCUUUUUUUUUUUUUUUUUUAAAAAAUUUACCCGCUUUUGUGUAAAGCAUUGCGAAUAUACUUGCUGAAGUUUGUGCGAAUGUUUUCUAGCGUGUGUUGCUCUUGAUAUCUGUAAAAUUUUUAUGUCUUUAGCAGCCUCAUGAGCUUUGUUUUGAUUGUAUGCAUUUAUGUAUUUGUGAUGAUACUCUCAAGCAGGAUGAUCGGUUCAUUAUUCAUGGCAUAAGAUGGUCCCAAAAUAUGUAUACUUAUGGAGCACUCCAUAGAUAAUGAUUUUUUGGUCAAUUUCGCAUGCAGAGCAUUUCCCAGGACUUGCAUGGAUAAAAUCGGAAUGCAUCAUCGCCUGAUAUUCGGCUUACUUGCCGGCUCUGUUCCGACUCCCGAUGGAAACAAGGAAAACAGAAACUCUCUCUAGCGGGUUCCUGGACUCGGGGAGCCAUGGAUUCGAUGUGGAGAUUCGGAUAAGAUUUAUGCAUGGACCUAUGCUAUCAUCGUCA